AUGGUGCAGGCGGGAGGGGUUCCCUCUCCUGGGGCUGCCCCGGACCAGCCCUGCGCGUUCAAGCUGGUCCUCUUGGGAAGUAGGUCAGUGGGCAAGUCCAGCUUGGCUCUCCGGUACGUGAAGAAUGACUUCAAGAGCAUCCUGCCCACCGUGGGAUGUGCGUUCUUCACGACGGUGGUGGGUUUGGGCGCCAUGUCUCUGAAGUUGGAGAUCUGGGACACGGCUGGCCAGGAGAAGUACCACAGCGUCUGCCACCUGUGCUUUAGGGGUGCCAACGCUGCGCUUCUGGUAUACGACGUCACCAGGAAGGAUUCCUUCUGCAAGGCUCGGCAGAGGCUAAAGGACCUGGAGAGGGAGUCCUCCCCCCCAGGGGAGGAGGUGGUGAUGCUGGUCAGGAACAAGAUGGACCUUGGCGAGCAGCGGGAAGUGACAUUCCAGGAAGGGAAAGAGUUGGCAGGGCAAGAGAUGCUGUUCAUGGAGGCCUCGGCCAAACUAAACCACCAGGUGACCGAGGUCUUCAGCGCCGUAGCCCGGGAGCUCCUGCAGCGAGAAGAGGGGAAGGAGGGGCUGCAGCGCGGGGAUGCAGGGCUGCCUCUGAACGGGGCACCUACCCGGCAGGCCAGAUGCUGUGCCCACUAG